CUCAUGGGCAACACCGUCGCGGACGAGUGACCUCAUGACCUGAAUUCUCCAAGUCAACAGUCCAUGCCUGUACACCUCUAGGUGCAUCCAACGCGACGUCUCCUUAGUGCUAUACAAGAAACGUGCAAGACAGUUUGCGACAUAUUCAUUUUCCUUAGAAAAAUUCUGAAAAGAACACGUGCUCCAAGUGCCGCCAUUCCCACACGUUCGUGCAGUGCAAAAAUGGAUACUUGCUAACGACAGAUGGCCCACCCUCAAAAUGGAUCCAACAUGGAGACACAGAACAGGUGACAUGUUGAUAAAAGUGCUUUACAUGUUGUGUUUGGUGUCGACUUCGUUCGCCUCGAAAUUGGACUGUGAAAGUGAUUUAGAUAAAGAGCUGAAGCGGUUUGUUGAUGGUGUGUUGAGUGUGGACGAGUACUCGAUAAUACCGGGUGUCGUUAUCGAACGAGCCGCUAAUGUGACAAGCAAACACGUCGACGAUGAUGGAAUGUGCGUCUCGUCAAGAAGUUUUACGACCAUUGAAAAUUACGUGAAGAGGAAACUCCAAGAAUACACCGACAGCCAUGUCUUGUCCGUCAACAUUCCCGCCACCGCGAGAUUCUUCCAAGACGCCACCGCCGCCACCACCACCGGAAGAAACUCCUUCCUUACAGGUUUCGGCAUGGGUUUCCUAGCAUUCGCCCUUAAAAAACUACUGCUUCCAGUUUUCAUCGGUGCACAAUUGGUUAAAUCGAUGUUAAUCGCCAUGUUCCUACCCUCGCUUUUGGGAGGAGUAGGCAAACUCCUCGGGAAAGGAUUGUCUACAUUCUCGGGGAUUUCAGGAGCUUCGGCAGGUAUCAAUAACCAGCAACAGCCGAUCGAAGAUUUUGAGUUUAAGGACACUGAUCCGUACGCCAAUGACGGGGGACAGGAUUUCAGCGUCGAAGGGGCCGAAGGCGGGUUAACUUUGAAUGUGGUUUCGAGCACUGCGUCGCCGAAUGCUAAUAGCAGGUUUGGCUUCGGGCACAACAGGGUGGCGUAUCUCCCCCAGAACGACAACUACUACAUGAGAAAACCGACCAAGAAGACUGAUUAUAAAGUUUUUCAUAAAAUACCAUCUUCAUCACUUCUUUUGACUAGCUACGACCCCUUCUAUAGUCCAUUACUGUCGCGAUUGGAUGCCGUCUUCCAACAGUUGGGACUGGGCAACGGCAAGUCCUCAGAGACUGAAAAGUGCAGAGAAAGACUCGUGUGCCUUAUGUACGCAAAUCCGGCCAAAUAUGCACCCUACAGUAACCUCGUGUCGGCACAACUAAGCAGGGAACUUAACGAGUUGAGGAAGCCAGCGUCAGACAACCCUGACAUUUUAAGGUUUUUCCGAUACAUGAAGGCGGCGAAGGAUGGACAGGAUGGGGCGGAAUGUCAGGCCCACGGUGGAUGUCCCUCGUUAAAUACCAUUCAAGCUAGUCCAGCUAUCCUAACCACCUAUAACGAGAUUAAUAAGUUGGUGCAAGCGAGAAAACUAAAUUGAGUGAUUUGGAUGUUAGUCAUCUUAUUUUUAAGUUAUUUAUUUAUUUUAUUUAUUUUUCUUUAUUUAUUGUAAUUUAUGCUAGCGCUCAGGUAGAUGCUGUCGUCUUAAUCUCUUUUUGUUUAUUUAUUGCUGCUCAAGUGCCUGUUGUAAAAUACUUUCCCGAAUAAAAU